AAAUCUCGAUUCCAAUUUCACAUCAUAAAACAGUCUCUUCCAUCCGUUUAGCCGUUUAGUCGGCUAUGCAGGCUCCUCUCACAUUCAUGAACUUGUUAAAUAAUAAAUCCAUUGUGUAUAAAAUCCUGCAUGAAGUUAUUAUGAGUACGUAAAAUCAUACGACGCUGCAGUGUGUGUCCGGAUUUUGACAGAUUAACACAAUCUUGGAACGACUUUUUAAGCAUUACUGUACUCAGUUUUUUAAGGAUCCCGUUGACCAGUAUUUAAUUAGUAAAUUAUUUGCGAAUAAUUUUGCUGCAAUUUUAAUUCCGCGAAAAAAUGCCCUACACAGUUGUCGCCACGUUUGCCCUUGUCGCGCAGAUAUUUUCCGUACUUUUGGUCCUGAGUUGCAUUACUUUUCGUCCCGUGUACGCCAAAAGGUACGAGGUUCGAUUGGAUGACAAGUACUUAUUUGCAUGGGAAGUGAACCAAGAAAAUGGCACCAUUCGACUAGAAGCUACUGGAGAAACGCAGGGAUAUGUUGGGUUAGGCCUUAACUCGAAGGGAAAAAUGGACAAAGCGGAAAUGGCGAUUGGAGGCAUCCAUUCAGAAAACGGUCACAGCUAUUUCGGAAUUUACACCGGACACAAACACAAAGUUAACUUGGAUAAGAAGAGAAAGUGGACCUUGUUGGAAGCCACGCAAAACGAGACGCACACUUAUCUCAAGUACGAAAGACCCUUGGUCGGCAAUACUAGAAAUUCAUACGGCCGAGGUGACGAUAUCGGAGAAAAUGACGAUGAUACCACCCUUCUCCCAAAUUAUGUCCCGAUUAAGGACAAGGACAUGUACGUAAUUUGGGCGCUCGGCGUCUCCGAUAAACUCAAGAAACAUCAUGGUCAUGGAAAAUUCAAAGUGAAUCUCAUCAAUCCCCACACCAAUUAUUUGGAAAGUUUUAACGCAGAAAUGUACAAUUUUUACAUAGAUUUGUAGACUUUUACUUGGUACAUAUUCGAAUUUAUAAAAUUUAUAAGUGACAAUUUUUACAUAGAUUUGUAGACUUUUUACUUCGUUUACUCGAGUAAAAAAUAUAUAUAACUCUCACACCAUUUCUUUGGUAUUGACUGUAAAUUUGUUGUUCUUGUUCGUUCCGCAUGUUUAGUUUUAGGGUGAAACUGUUCCGAGUUUUCUUAAACAUGAAGACACAAAACAUCACCCU